AUGGAUGACAAUAAAUCUGAUGAUGAAAAUAGGGAAAAACCUUCACAUAAUCCAGGAAACUCAAAAAGAUUAAAAACAGAAGGAGAAUUUGUUGAAGAAUCUUCUAGUACUUGUAGUAAUACUGAGCAAGAAACUGCUAGUACUAGUACAGAUAGCGGAUUUCCCAGAUCUAGGAAUUCUAAAAAUCGUAAUUAUAGAAAUCAUACCAGCAGCACAGAUUUUCAAGAAAAUAGAAGUUCCAAUGAUGAUGAUUAUCAAGGCGACGAUGAAGACUCAGCGCUACACGAGGAACGUUCGGAAGAUGAGGAGGAUAACUUAGAUGAUAUAGAACCUGUACUAUCCAGUACUAGCAGCUCAAAUUCGACUAUAAUUAUCGAUACCGAAGCAGAUUCCGACGAUGGAGAUGUGGCAGUAUUAGCAAUAUUAAAAAAGGAAAAGCCGAAGCAUCGUUGGUUCGUUGUACCGGAAAUUAAUAGUAGACAAUUAGGUGCUAGUUCGAAAUUGCAAAGUUCUGAUUUGUUUCAGAAGCGUUGUUACGGUUCUUUACAUAGUGUACAGAGGUUAGAAUUAAUGUAUAAAUUAGAAGGACAUGAUGGCUGUGUUAAUAGUUUAAAUUUUCAUCCGAAUGGACAUAUAUUAGCUAGUGGUUCGGAUGAUUUACACGUUAUACUGUGGGACUGGAAAUUAGGGAAAUCGAUGUUAAAAUAUGAUUCUAAACAUAAAGGAAAUGUCUUCCAAACAAAAUUUUUAAAUUUAUCUGGUGAUAUGCACAUAGCCUCCUGUGCAAGGGAUGGACAGGUGAGAAUUGCCCAAGUUUCCCAAGAGGAAGGCUUGCGGGAAAAUAGAAAAUUGGGAUGUCACCGAGGGCCUUGCCAUAAAAUAUCUGUUAUUGCAGAACAACCUCAUAUAGUUCUUAGUGCCGGUGAAGACGGUAUUGUAUAUAGCCAUGAUGUUAGGAAAAGUAAACAGGAGAGGUUAGUCACCGUUAAGGAAGAUGAUAAGGAUAUAGCACUAUAUACUAUCCAUAGUAAUCCUUUAAGAACAUUAGAGUUUUGUGUUGGCGGUAGAGAUGAAUUAAUUAGAGUAUAUGAUCAAAGAAAAAGUGACGAACCCUUACAUACAUAUCAUCCAUUUAAAGAGAGAGGUAACUCGAGCAGUUUCACGGGAUUCCACGUAACUUGUGCUGUCUAUAACCACGACGGGUCACAAAUCCUUGGUAGCUAUAAUGAUGACGAUAUCUAUCUCUUUGAUGCUGACGGCGAACCCGGCACCUUCCUUCAUCAGUACAAAGGCCAUCGGAAUGGAGCAACGAUAAAAGGAGUCAACUUUUUUGGACCUAGAUCAGAAUUUAUCGUCAGCGGAUCGGACUGUGGAAACCUUUAUUUCUGGGACAAAAAUACCGAAUCUAUUGUUCAGUGGUUGUUGGCAGAUGAUAGUGGAGUAGUAAAUUGCCUCGAACCGCACCCACAAGUGCCUUUCAUUUGUACAAGUGGCCUCGACUGGGAUAUAAAGGUAUGGGUACCUUCAUGUGAAACUGACAACGAAAUGAAAGGAUUAGGGGAGGUUAUUAAGAACAACAAUAAGAAUAGAUUGAAUUGGACGUCAAGAAUGCCGCCAGAUAUUAAUGAAAGUCAGAUGCUGUGGAUGCUUUGGAGGCAUUUAAGAACUUCUAGUAGGCGUGAUUUUCCCAUUGGACCAUCCGAUAUUUCAAUCAGAUCCAUAGUUUUCGACGUUGAUGACGCUUCGGCAUCGAUGAGUUCCAGUUCCAGCGACUCCGACACUUACAGCAUACCUACGGGAUGCUCUCCAUCAUAA